AUGAGGAACGUCAAUAAUAGCGUCGAGACUGUGAACGCCGCCGCUACCGCCAUCGUCACCGCCGAGUCCAGAGUUCAGCCGUCGUCUGUUCAGAAGAGAAGAUGGGGAAACUGUUGGAGCUUACACUCUUGUUUCGGAUCACAAAAGAACAACAAACGUAUAGGAAACGCCGUGCUUGCGCCUGAACCGGUUUCAACCGGAGUUCCGGUUCAAAACUCAGCCACUUCGACAUCGAUUGUUCUUCCUUUCAUAGCACCACCUUCAUCUCCAGCUUCGUUUCUUCAGUCUGAUCCUUCGUCGGUCUCUCAUUCUCCCGUUGGUCCGCUUUCUCUAACCAGCAACACAUUCUCUCCUAAAGAACCACAGUCUGUGUUUACCGUUGGACCAUACGCUAACGAAACUCAACCGGUCACUCCUCCGGUAUUCUCCGCCUUUAUAACCGAACCAUCCACCGCACCGUUCACUCCACCUCCUGAAUCGUCGGUUCAUAUAACCACACCGUCUUCCCCUGAAGUUCCUUUUGCUCAGCUGCUUACCUCUUCGUUGGAGCUAACUCGGAGGAAUAGCAGUGGGAUGAAUCAGAAGUUCUCGUCUUCACACUACGAGUUCCGGUCUAACCAAGUGUGUCCGGGGAGUCCUGGUGGUGGUAACUUAAUCUCCCCUGGCUCGGUGAUUUCAAACUCCGGUACAUCUUCUCCUUACCUUGGUAAAUCACCAAUGGUCGAGUUUCGAAUCGGCGAUCCUCCAAAGUUUCUUGGCUUUGAGCAUUUCACAGCUCGUAAAUGGGGAUCGAGGUUUGGUUCUGGUUCGAUCACCCCUGUUGGGUAUGGUUCAGGGAUGGGUUCAGGCGCUCUGACACCAAACGGUCCAGGGAUGGUUUCAGGGAACUUAACACCUAACAACACCACAUGGCCGCUACAGAAUCAGAUCACUGAGGUCGCGUCUCUGGCUAAUUCGGAUCAUGGCUCUGAAGUUAUCGUUGCGGAUCACAGAGUUUCGUUUGAGCUAACAGGGGAAGACGUCGCGCGUUGUCUCGCGAGCAAGCUGAAUCGGUCACAUGAUAGGAUGAACAACAAUGAGCGGAUUGAGAAAGACGAAAGCUCAUUAACGGAGAGAAGAAGAAACAUGGAGAAAGGAUCAGGAGGAGAUAGAGAGACGGAACAACAGAGGAUUCAUAAGCUGAGUUCGUCUUCUUCGAUUGGAUCUAGCAAAGAGUUCAAAUUCGAUAACACGAAAGAGGACAACAAUAUCGAGAAGGUUUCAGGAAACAGCUGGAGUUUCUUCCCCGGGUUACGAUCUGGACUCAGCUAA